AUGCGUGCCACUAUACUCUUUUUUAUCGCUACAACCGUUGCCGCUUCCGUAGGCGUCAGCGCCACCCCUGCUUCAUAUCACGAUGGCCUCUAUGCGCGUGGAGAUAGUGCUGGGAUCUCACCGUACGGAGAUUCUCAUCUCUCUGCUCGCGGUGCUUUUCUGUCGAAGGCUAAAGAAAAAGAAAAAAAGAAAACUAAGGACUCUUAUCCACCAGCAACUCUCCCAUUUAUACGACCAGAACCCAAGUCACCGGCGAGGGAUGACUCACCUUCCCCAUAUUCACACGAUGCACUCUUAGAUUAUUUGAACCGACCGUUACCCCCGUUGCCCCAUGCAGAGAACGGUCGGGAACACGAUCACCCCGACGAGCGUGGUCCUGAAGAUGACUACGAGGACUCUUGGGAUCGUAGUCCCAUGCACGACGAGCGAUUCAUGAACACUUGGACCACCACAUCCGAGCUCUGUUCGCGCGUGCGCUCCUCGAUAUGCUUGACUGAUUUAGCCAUUAACGGAUAUCGUGAGUGA